AUGAAUGAAUUAUCAGUGCCAAAGUAUGCACCAAAUAUUUAUCAGUAUAUCAGUGGAAUUAUUGAAAAUGCAUUAAAACAAACUGAACAAAUAUUAUUAAAUUUAAAGACACAACGUAAUGAUACAGUGAUAAAUGUUAAAAAUGCAACAGUGAAACUUAAUAAUGAAGAAAAAAAGAAACCUUCGAUAAUGCAUAUGCAAAAUGCUAAACAAAUGUCAAAUGAUAAAACAUUGUUAUCAGUGACAAUGCAAUAUCCACAAAAAGUAACCAAUUCAUCAUGGCAAAUUAUGGAUUUAUUAUGUUUUCCGAUUGAAAAUGAGGAACGAAAUUUAAAAUUCACUGAUCGAAUUUUUGCAUCAAUUGAUCAAAAAUCAAUAAUGCUAAUGCGUGAAUAUGAUAAUUUGACUAAUUGCAUUCAUCAAAAAGUGCAAACAAAAUGUAAUCAAUGUUAUCAGAAGCAAAUUAAAAUGAUAAAAUUACAACAGCAACAAGCCAAAUUAGAUCAACAAAAGGGAAUAAGAUUCACUGAUAAGGAAAAAAUCUUAUCAUUAGAUCAAAGUAAAUCAAAAAUUGAUUCAUUGGAUGUUCAAGAAAAGUCGAAAUCAAUUAGCAAAAUUGAUGAAGCAAGUGCAGAAAGUAGUGUUGAAUUUUCGGAACAAGAAGUACCAAUGAAAUCGGAGAAUAAACAAAUACAUAAAAAAAGAACAAAAAAUAAUUUAAAAUUGAAAUCACAUCGUGGCAAACAAAUUAAAAAGUCAAGUAGCACUGAAAUUGAUAAGCGAAUGAUAUCAGCUAGAAACGGCAGUGAUAGUCGAAGUACUAUGCGAUCAUCUUCUGAUACAUCUGUUCAUUAUGCAAAAAUGAAUGCAAAAAAAAAAUUGAAACGUAAAACAAAAAAGAAAAAAACGAAAGCAGCGAGCACUUUGGAACAUGAAUUGCCUUCUCAACAGCCUCCUUCAUUAAAAGAAAAUGAAAUGAGCGAUGAAAGAUGGAAUGAAACAUAUCAAAUUUUUGGGAAGCCUAAAAAUGGACGAAAGAAUAAAAAACAAUUAUCAAUGGAACAAUUCGGCACUGAUCAACCUGUAUCGAAACAAUAUCGUGGCGUAAGAUCAAUGGUUGAACCAAUAGGUUGUCAAAAAAUUGUAAUGAAAGGAUGGAAGCCUCAUUAUAAAGUGAAAAAGAUAUGGUUGCAAGAUGUUUCCAAAGAAUGA